AUGCCAGUAUUAAAGAAAUGUCUGUGUGAAACAAUGCCGAUGAUUUCGUCAGAUCUCUUAAAAACACUUGCAGAUGAACUUUCAAAACCUGGUAAUUCAUCUUUAGUUAGGGGAUCAAUUGCAUCAGCUUAA